UUAAGUAAAAAGAGUCAGUCUUAGUUACUGCACUCCCGUCUGUGUUAUUUGAGUGGCAGGAGGCGUUGGGGGACUGACUGGGAGACUGCAGCUCUUACAAGCCAUCAAUGCAAAAAUUGGAAAUCCACCGGCAGAAGAAGACUCGAUCUUUGGGGUCGAACUAUCAGCAGCCAGGGACUGGAGCGGGACACCGAAGGCACGUGGGAAAGCUGAAGUUUCCAGGGGGGAAUGACAGUUACCUGACCAUCACAGGAUCCGGGCACCCCUUCCUGACUGGGACAGAGACAUUUCAUACACCCAACCUAGGGGAUGAGGAGUUUGAGAUUCCACCUAUUUCUCUAGAUUCGGACCCUUCUUUGGCAGUCUCUGAUGUGGUUGGACACUUUGAUGCCCUUGGAGAUCCUACAGGAGUCCAAGAUGCAGGUUUUGGGGCACAGUACGGAGUACAGACUUUGGAUAUGCCAGUGGAGAUGACUCAUGAGGUUAUGGAGCAAACUGGAGGACUCCUUGGAUCUGGAUUAACCAUGGAUUUGGAUCACCCUAUUGUCACCACUUACAGUGCCAAUCCCCCAGUCACCAUAGAUGUUUCCAUGACAGACCUAUCAUCUGGUCUUCUGGCUCAUAGUCAGUUAACUACUAUUGACCAGUCGGAGCUGAGCUCCCAGCUUGGCUUGAGCCUUGGCGGUGGUACAAUUUUACCUCCAGUUCAGUCUCCUGAGGAUCAUCUUUCUCCUACCCCUUCUCCAACAAGUUCACUGCAUGAUGAAGACAUGGAAGACUUUAGAAGGAUAACUGCCCCUAAGAAUAUUGUUGUUGAACAAGCAAAGAAACAGAAAGCAUCUAAAAAGAGAAAAAAGAAAAAUCCCAAUGAGCCUCAAAAACCACUUUCUGCAUAUGCCUUGUUCUUCCGUGAUACGCAAGCAGCCAUCAAGGGACAAAAUCCUAAUGCCACGUUUGGGGAGGUAUCCAAAAUUGUGGCUUCUAUGUGGGACAGUCUUGGGGAAGAGCAAAAGCAGGUUUACAAAAGAAAAACAGAGGCUGCAAAAAAGGAAUAUCUGAAGGCUUUGGCUUUGUACAAGGAAAACCAAAUGUCACAGGUUGUUGUUGACACGUUGGAGUUGGACCCUCCUGCUGCACCAGCUGUACUCUCAGAAUCACCGGUUCCAUCCCCCUCUGUUGUGACAGCUUCUAGUGUUCCACAGUGUGUUUCUUCACCAUCUACACCCACUAGUACCCAAGCACCAACUCCACCCUCUGUCCCAACACCACCACCCCAGUCAGCUGCCCCUGCUCAGCCCAGCAUUGCUAAAAUAAUAAUUUCAAAGCAAAUGCUGCAGGCAGGACAGAUUCCCACAUCUAUUGCAAUGUCUCAAGGCAUGGUGACCGUAAUCCCAGCCACAAUGGUAACUUCAAGAGGCCUUCCUCUUCAUCAGUUACAGCCCAGCCCACAGGCGCGGAUUACACGUUCUGUAUUUCAGGCAGCAAUGCAGUUGCCCCCACGCUUACAGCCUCCUCCGUUACAACAAAUGCAGCAGCCACCACGUCUGCAGCAGAUGGCCCCCGCACAGCAGCCAUCUAUCACUAUCCUUCAGUCGCCCCCACCUUUGCAGCCCAUGCAGAAGGUGCGGCUUAGUAUGCACCAACCUCCUCCUCUGCAGAUAAAGAUCAUACCCCCUCCUCUGCAACCCCAACCACAGACUGUUCAAGUCCAAGCAAAAACAAUCCCAAUUAUCAAUGUACCCACCUCUCCAGAGGUCUCUGUCUCACCUGAGCAUGUGGAAGUGUUAACGGAAGUGGUUCAAGAAGAGUCUCCCCCUUCGCAAAUGGAUGUUGAACUAGUGAGUGGUUCUCCCCCUCACAGCCCAUCUCCCCAGCCACGGUGCAUACGUUCUGGAUGUGAGAAUCCCCCUAUAGAUUGUAAGGAUUGGGAUAAUGAGUAUUGCAGCAAUGAGUGUGUGGUGAAACAUUGUAGAGACACCUUUACAGCUUGGGUUGCAGGCAGAAAUCAAGGGACACUUGCUUCUGUGAAAUAACACUGGUUACCCUUUGUAGGAUUGGUAGCCUGAGGAAAGAGGAUCUUAAUUCCCAAGAAUAAUGCCAAUAUGUAAAAAAACAACAACAAAAAAACUGCUUUUUAUUUACUGUUCUGUAUAUAUGAUCUGAAGAAGGCGAGGACUUCAUGGUGCGAAGUAAAUUUUGUCCCCUUCUGUGCCAUUGGGCAACAAGAAAACUACUGUUGGGUGCUUCUGUUUCUUGGUUACUUGUUGGAUAAAAUUCAGUUCCCUCCCCCCGUCUCCAUUGCAUAAUAGUGAAUUGCUCCUUGGAUUUCUUCAACCUAAAGAAAGAAGGCUGCAUAGACCUUUUCUUGUCACUCUAAGGAAGCAUGUAACUUGUUUAACAACUUGAAGAAUCACAAGUGGAAGAUGCAGGCCUCCGAUCUUUAGCAUUGUCUAGUAUUUCUUGGCCGUUGGCUUGAUAAUGAUGUCCGGGAGCCUUUUACAGUUGCAGUCUCGUAACAGACGGUUUACCAUUUAGUUAAAGUAACAAAAUAAAGCGGUCUGUAUUUUAAAUAGUAUUGAAUGUCUUUCCUGAUAUUUUGAAGGAUUGACAUUUUUUGUUCUCAUGUCUUAAACAGCCUUUUUACUUGUUCACAAGAGGCCUAGUGAGCAUCAUAUACAGUAAGUUAUUCUUUUUGUUUAUACAUUGGAACACAGGAAAAGGGUUUAGUAUUUAGAAGUUUGUUUUUCAUCUUUGUAGCACCAGAGCCCCUGAGUUUAAAAUGGGACUGCAUCAUUUCCACACGUAGAAGGGCUUUCACAUCCAGUUCAUUGCUUUAUAUACCAUUACAAUGAUCACUGGAGGGUUUACAAUACUGUGUAUUAAAGAGACAGGAUUUAGAGCUUUUUUUCUGCUUUGUUUUUGUCCCUUUUUACAUCUCUGCAAGGCACUAUUUAGAGCAGCGUGUAGCUGGGACACAGUUUAGUUUAUACAUCUUUCUUGCAGUGAUUCCCAUAAUGAGACAAAAAAAAUAUGUAUUUAGUAAAAGCCAUUGUAAAACAACUAUUUUAUAGCUGAAGAUGCUCCAUCAGAAAAAAAGGCCAUGGAGCUUUAGGGUUUUUUUUUUUUUUUAUUACUGAUAACACACACACACACAGACACGUAAUACCACGUAGGGAAAAACAGGUUUUAUACGUUUUGCAAUAUAAAAUAAGUUCCUUUGUUUGGCUCCUGAGUUUACUGCAAAUUUGUUUCAGUGGGAAACCUUUGUUAAAAACAAGAUUUGACUUUGAAAAGCUACGCAACAAGAUUCUAUACUGAAUUAGGUUGUUGUGGGUGUAAGAACUAUGUCCACUUAUACAAUUGUUUUUAUCCACCAUGGAUCCAAAAAAAAAAAGGACCAACUUUUGCCAUUGCUUUAUCUACAGUUUAUAUGCAGAUUUGUUUCUGGUUGCACACUACGAUUUGUAACUACGGUUCCCGUAUACGGCUGGGAGGA